AACCUCCCUACACUGAUAGUCUGAAGCAGAUGUAGAAGGAGACGGGACAGUGAAUUUUCAACAUGAGAGGACUUAUAUUCCUCUGUCUCUUUGGGUGCAUUGCGAGUUGCCCAUUUGGGCCACGAGGUAGCUGUCUUGCGCUGCAGGGGAAGAACGAGACGAUCCGCUUGCCUAUGCCAACAGAAACCAACAACACAAGCAAUAAUGUGACAAAAGACAAAGACGUCAAUGGAACUCGGAACGGAACUCUGAGUGCCAAUGACAGCAAUGCUACCUUUCCCCUAAAACCUGAUGAAAAAGAGAUGCCAGAACAAAGUAAACAGACGAUUAUUAAGGUCUCAAAGGUCCAGAAACGAAGUGCAGCUCCACCUGAAGCUGAUCAACAACAACAAAUGAACCGAGGGAAACCUCCUCCGGAUGACCAGCAUUCAUUUGACCAUUUUUCAUUGCCAACAAAGUGAAAUGUGGACCAGGCAAAUGCUAAACAAAGGAAGACAUGUAACUACGGAUCCAUGGGGGGGAGGGACUGUCUAUGUUCCUACCUUCAACAAAUUACUGCUAAAGUUAUGUUCAUCUGUGAAUAAAACUUUGAAAAUCUA